CUGCACAACAGCCAUUUAGGUUAUUUUAUCUCCCCUCCCUCCCCCCACAUGGUUCGACCUCCGCUUCUCGUCUCCAGCCAUGGCACUUCCCAUGCCGGCCUCACCAUUCCGGCGUGACUCUGCGAUAGAACCAGUAAACGUACAUUUAGAUUGCGGCUUCGGGCUCAUUGGUGUUUAUGCUGUUUCGCAUCCAAUUUCGGGCGACGUGAAACAAGGGCGUCGCACAGUAUUCAUGAGCUGUAUUAGGUCAUCACAAGGUUUUCAACUCCGUCGCAUCACCAGCAGCUGCGACUUUUGAGUCGCCGCAAGAGCAGGCCCUACAGGCGGAGUUUGCUUCCAAGCUAAGCAUAGCAUACCACAGUUCUGCUCACAUUACAAUAGUGCUUACAAUACCGCUCACAGGUCUGCUCACAGUUCUGCGAACCCCAUGGCGACUCUCAGCGGGGUCGCCGGCGACUCUUUCGCGGAAAACCGUUUCGCCGAGACGCUCGGCCACGAACCGUUGCCGAAUCGUACGGCUGGUAAUGGCGUCAGCGGCACUGAAUGGCAUAGCAGCAACACCGCGCACCCGCAGCAGCAGCAGCAUCAUCAUUAUCAGCAGCAGCAGCAGCAGCAGCAGCAGCAUCAUCAUUAUCAGCAGCAGCAGCAGCAGCAGCGACAGCAACAGCAGCAACAGCAGCAGCAGCAGCAGCAGCAGCAGCAGCAUGCGCUAAUGGGGUCGUUAGGUCCCAUGCCAGGAACCGGCACGGGUGGCGAGGAAACCCUUUUAGUGGAUUUGCGCGGCUUGAAAGAACGCUCUAAUCGCAGUGCGACGUCUGUCGCAGACUUCCGUCGGCAGCACAUGGUGCGAUUCUUGCGCGACGCCACCGAGCUAGCGCACCAGCCCGCGCAGCCGGCGGAAGCGGACGUGGCGGAAGGGGGGGCCAGCGCGCAAGAGCGAGCGCCAGGCGCGCAAGAAAAGGCGCAAUGCGCGGAGCAGGAGCGUAGCAGAGCGGGGAACCAGGGCGCGGGAGGGUGGGGCAGCGGCUUUACUAGCCAUAUAGCAGGGGCAAGAGGCAACGCGGAAGGGGAGGCUGGGGGGGGCAGCCGAGGUGCAGAUGUUUGCGCGAACGAAAGCGCUGGACGCGCCGACAAGGGGAGAGAAAACCGUGGGGAGGAUAGCGCUGGGGGUCAGGGCGGAGCGGGGCUUUGGGCGGCGCAAGCAGGCGCGGGGAGUCGGGAGACGGGGGGAAAUGCCGCCUAUGGGCUGGAGGCUGCGGGUAGAGAGGGAAACGCGGCAGGGGGAAGCGCGGUGUCCCCCCCCGGACGAGGCGAUGGGGGAGUAGGCGGAGGCGAAGCGAGACCUGGGGGAGCGAGUGGAAGCGGGGAAGCGGGACGGAGAGGCGGAAGCGGAAGCGGAGCGGAUGCGCGGAUGGAGGUGAGCGCGUAUGCCAACAGCGUGUCCGUGCUGCGGGAGGCUACAGGCGCGGGCGGGGGAAUGGGGUGGGGGGAAGGGCUGGGGGCGGGCACAUCUGGCAGGAGCGGCGGGCUGAGGGGAAUAGGGGGCCGGGAGGAGGGGGGUCAGGGCAGGGAGGGUCUGAGCACGCAGGAGGGGAGCCAAGGUUUGGUUUCACCCAGGGGCGGCAGGGAGCCCGGGGAACAAAGGCAGGCGAUGGCAGGGCAUUCGAACGAAUAUGGUGGUAACAUGCCGCUUGUUACAGGUCACUCGGCGCAGGUUCAGUCGGCACACUUUCCUCAGCAGCAGCAGCCGCAGCAACCGAUGCAGCAGCAGCCGAUGCAGCAGCAGAUGCUGCAGCAGGUGCAGGGAGCAAGGGGUGAGUUUCAGCCGCAGCAUGUGGGCCAUUCUCUGUCGUUCGACGCUCAGGAGCGGCAGCACUAUCACCAGCAGCAGCAGCAGCAGUACCAGCAGCACCAACAGCAGCAGCAACAGCAUUACCAGCAACAGCAGUACCAGCAGCAACACCAGCAGCGACACCAGCAGCUGUCCUACCAGCAACCCUCCCAUCCGCAACAGCAGCAACCACCGCCACUCAGCUACUCCGCCCAGUCACAACCCUUGCCUGCUCACUUCCCGGCCGCCAUACCCACACUCCCCCACCGCGCCACCCUGGAUCCGCACCCCCACCGCUCCUCCCAACCCUUCUCCCUCACCUUCCUCACAUCUCUCUUCCGCCGAGACCCCCUCCGUACCCGCUCCUCCCGCCGCUCCCGCCAUGCCGCCAGCCACGGGGAGGGCGGCCCGCUGUCCGAAGCAGAGCAGAUCCCCGUGCCGCCCCUGGAUAAAAUCCUGAACGUCCCCCGUAGCGUCGCCUCUGACACCGCCUCUCGUGCCAUGGGGACUGGCUUCUCCUCACCCCCUGCUCCCCCCUCGUUCCCCGGCGGCAGCAACGUCCCCCUAGGGGCGACGUUCCCCCCCAACCGCCCCCACCACAACUCUGCCCUUCCCUCCCCUGCCCAGCCGUCCCCCCCUAGCGCCGAUCCCCACUCACUGUGGUCGUCCUCCCCGUACGAAAGUGCGGGGACGAGGAUUGAGGAGAGGGAGGGAGCGGAAGGGUUGGGGAGGGGGCUGGGGGAGGGGAAGUGGCAGGGGCUGGCGGUGGUGGAGGAGGGGGAAGGGCAGGGGAGGAGGAGCGUCAUAGGGUGAAUUACGCAGGGAACGGGCAACUUGACGAGAUGUCCCAUCCCUCAUACCACCACACCGCCCAUCGCUGACACCACAUCAACCCCAAGAAUCCCCCAAAGCCAGUACCCGCUCUGAUUUGCUCCUCGGUCUGCUUGGGUUCUAAAUGCUCCCUCCUCCCACCUUCCAAGCGUUGAGGGGAGGGCAGGGCAGGGCACGUCUUUUUUCUCAAUUCUCCAACUGUCUCCAGCCAUCCCCCCUUGGAACAACUUUCUGUCUACCUUUUAUAGGCUCAGUUGAUUCUCUUUGCUGCUGAUCCUAAACCAUCUUGCUGCCUUCAGGCAACGUGUUAUUUGUUGCAACAGAUACUGUUAUGUAGUGUAGAUGUCUCUCUCUCGAUGUUUUUUAGCUCACUUGCUUUGUUAGGGCUGGCUCGUAAUGGGCCAGACACUUGGCGAGGAGCCAAUGAGAU